UUCAAAAUUUAAGUUUGUGCUGCAUUACUUGAGAGUUUUCAGAAAGUGUUUACAUUCAAUCAAAUCAAGAUGUCUGUCACAGUAUCACAGUUUAUAAAUGAUAAAGAUCUUGAGUGUGCCAUUUGUCUCAACCGGUUUCACCAACCAAAGACACUGAAAUGCAUGCACACCUACUGUCAACAGUGUAUCCAGGAAUGGGUAGAAGGUCAUAGCAAGUUGGAAUGCCCAACAUGUGGACAAAAACAUGAUUUAACAAAAGAAGAUUUAAAACAACUUGCUUCAAAUAAAAUGAUAAGUCAACUACUAGAGUAUGCUGCAAAAAUCGAGGAUCAGAAACCGGCUAAAUGCUCUUUCUGUGACAAUAAACCAGCAUACUACUGCUCAACAUGUCAACUGUAUCUAUGUGGAGGUCCAUGUACCAAACAACACAAAACAGUAUCUUCCACAAAAGAUCAUCAACUUUACACACUAGACUCGAAGGAAGAGGAUGACAAAGAAACCAAAUGCCCAGCUCAUUGCAACACCCCACUGGAAUUUUACUGCUCCAAUUGCAACAAAUCAGCAUGUAAGAGAUGUGAAAAAUUCCUUCUUUGUUUGCAAGAACAACAUGAAGUCACUCCAAUGCCAAAUGUUGUAGAUCUGUUUAACCAAAACAUCACUGAACUUCUCAAGUUAGCACAAGAAGUUAAAAAUAUGUUAGAUGGAAAAAAAGAAGUCAUAGAAACGGAUCGAAAAACAUUUGAUGCUAAACUAAAGUUAUACAGAAAAGCUAUUGAAAUUCAGGGAAAUAAUCAUAUUUUGAGAGUUAAAGAGGAAAUGAAGAAAUUAUUUUUGGAUCUUGAAAGAAUAGAGAGAGAAGUAGAUAUUAAUAGUAAAGUUAAAGAUGUUGAUUCAAAGAUGACUGAAUUAAAUAAUCUAAUUGACUCCAUCAAUGCACUAAUCAACAAACCAGAAGAACGAGAAACACUUAAAUGUAAAAAGGCAAAUAUCACAGCUCUCAGGGACAAAGUUAUACAAACUGAUAUUCAUAAAACAAAUAUUACACCAACAUUUAUCCCAUCUACACACUUUGAUGGGUUGAUGAAUACAGAGGGCAUAGGCAAAAUCACAAGCAUUGAUAUGAGGUACAAAGUUGCUGAAGAAGAUAAAGCAAUCACCAUCACGAAAGGACAAAAAUUUGUAGUGAAAGUAUUAAGUCCAGCCAUGGAGGAAAUAUGUCCAGCAGAGAAUGAUGCAUGCCGAUUAACUGCAAAUAUAAUAACCUCAUUAGGUGACGUCAAAUUAGAAACUGAGGUAGUAUAUCAGGGAAGAAGACAGUAUAAAAUAACCGGUAGGUGCAAUGUGGAAGGUAAUUGGCAAAUGAAGAUAACUGUUGGAGCUGCACACAUUCAAGGUUCACCAGUGAAUAUCAAGGUGGAAAAAGCAGGACUUGUUCAUACAACUGGUAAUAUAUCUGAUUAUAAAGAUCAUAAUGACACAAAGAAUGUGGUAGGUGUGUUACAUACAGAUGGAUGUAUAUUAAUAUCAUGCUAUAGUAAAACUAUUUUAAGGUUUAACCAAUCAGGUUUAUUUGUUGAUAGGAUACAGGUACCUCAAGAUGUGAUGGUUAAUAGAAUGCAUCAAAUGGACGAUGGUCACCUUGUGUAUGGUGACCUCUUACAAAAGUGUGUUGUAAUGAGUGAUAACAAAUUUCAAGAAAUCUGCUUAUUUGGUAAAGAAAUGUUGAAAUAUCCAAGGGGCUUGACAGUGAAUGAGGAAACUAGAGUCCUGUAUGUAGCUGAUGAUACGGCUCACUGUGUGUUUCUUUUUAAUAUCGAUGAUGGCAGGCCGCUAGGUAAGAUAACUGCAGAAGGUAGUGAAGUAGAUCAGCUUAAGUUCAAACCACAAGAUGUCACUUUAACCAAGGAAGGUCAUGUAAUUGUUGCUGAUUCCACAAAUAACAACAUACAAAUAUUUGAUGCGAAUGGCAAGUUUAUGAAAAUUCUUGUAGGCAAUGGUAUAAAAGAUGGUCAAGUUUGCUGUCCUACUGGUGUAACAUUUGACUUGGAUGAAAAUAUAAUAGUAUCGAGUAAUAAUAAAUUACAAUUAUUUAAUAAAAAUGGUGAAUUCAUAAAACGAAUAGAUCAUGAAGGUGAUGGAUUAGAAGUUCCAUGUGGAAUCACUGCAAUCUCCAAUGGACAGCUGAGAAGAGUAGCAGUAGCCAACAACAAAGCAAACAAUCUUAAAAUAUACAACUAUUGAAUGACCUACUUUAUAGCCAUCAAAUUUAAAAUUGUUUUUUGGCAAUUUAUUUAUGAAGUUAUAGGCCAUUACGAUUUUACCCCUUUAGCAGUGUGACGUCAGUGUAAGCUAUAAACCAAAGAAUGUAUAGCGCCGAUUUUUGGUUACAGUAGCUGCUAAAUUUUAAUGGCUUAUAACAUAAAAAAUUGCCAAAAAACAAUUUUAAAAUUUCUAUACUAAUGACAUAUCAAAAUUCCCCUCUAGAAAAAAUACCAUCUGUCUAGGACCCUUUUAAUAUACAUUCCAAACCUAUGAUUGGCCACUGUUUUCAGAUAGUGUUUUGUUAAUUUGCAAUACUGUACAUGCAUUAAAAUUGAAAACUAAUAUAAUUGUUAAUUUCAUAAGAAUUAUUAUUAAAUUAUUCUGUAAAUAAGAGAAUUUUAGAUAUUAAGAAAAAAACAGGGCCAUAAGGAAUCAGAGGGAGUACCCCUAAUGGAACCAAUACUUGCACUUAAAUGGAAUUUCAUAAAUGUGUGAAAGUGAACGAAUAUUGUGCUUAAAAUUCUUGUUAAUCAUAGACUAAUAAGUGGCACCAUAUAAUGUAUAGUCAAAUUUUACCAACAAUUUUGCAAAUUUCAAUUUAUUGGGGCAGAAAUUACCUUGAAAACUAUAUCAGUUUCUCUAUGACAAUGCAUAUCUGGAUAUCUAUAUAUUUUUCCGCAACAAAGAGAGUAGCAUUCAAAUUUUAAAUUGAUCUCCCAUGUUACUCAAGCAGGUUGCAGGCCUACCUGUACCUGUUUUAUUUAAUUGAAAUAAAAAAAAAAAGAAGCAAAAUUAAUAUGAAAUGCAUAAACACUUUUUCAUUCAAACUAUGAAAUUACCAAAUGUAGAUGAACUAUGCACUGACCAACACAUGGUUGGGUUCUAUGUUACCAAGGUUAGAGCUGUCUUCAUCCCUCAUUAUUACCUUUUCAGUCCAAGUCUCACUACACAUUGAGUUGGUAUCAAUGUUUUUUUUUAUUCAUUAUUUUUCUUUUAUUUUCAUGUACUUA